GUGAGUUAAUACGUGUCUCUGGAAAUCGUAUUAACAGUUUCGCGUUGACCUAGACUCUCAAUCUAGGCUCCGUGGCACAGUUUUUUCCUGCUUCGAAGAGGUUUGUGCAUUGUGGUGGCGUUUAAAUCUCAUGCGCUUCUCGUUCGCUGUUGUGAGGGAGUUGACACUCACAUCUUCCCACGCAUCCGCACUCGCGGUCUGGUAGUGGAAGUGUUGCCGGUGGUGAUAGUGUUCAGGAGGAAGAACCCUUUUGGCGCGUUUCUAGAUCAAGGCGGUCAAACCAGUGAGUGUAAUUAAUUCGGCCACGGUAAGCCGAAUCUCGCACCGGUGUUUAAGUGUGAAUACUUUAUGCUCAACUAUGCUGGCGUGAGUUUGAGGUGUCGACCGAUUGAUCGAUUUAGUUCCGGCAAUUUUCAACGAUUAUUUAGGAUUCAGUAUGCGCAUGGUGAGGGAAGGUAGCAGUUUUUUCAAUAUCGGAACCAUUGUGUGACACCUUAGAAAUUGUGAAUUGAACAGUGAAACGAGCCGGUGAUUGAUAGUAUGUAAUACUUUUUGGGAGAUUGUUCGAAACAGAGGAAAAAAACAGUGAAUGUUUGAAGCUUUGUUAUGUAAUUUAACGCACUGAUGAUAAAUGGAGUCAGAUAGAAACCACGCGGGGGUCCAUUAGAUGAUAAUGAAUAUAGUGCGAUAAUCGUUGGAAACGUUGAAGAACCAGGGAGAGCUAAUUGGAAACAAGCGAGGAUUUGAAUGCCCUAUGUUCCCAAGUGACAAGUGCUGGAAGUGAGAACAAUUGUGUUCAAAAAAGGAUUUACAUUGUGUGUUGGUUGAGAAAAGACACUCCACUCCAAGCUGCGUAGUGCUGAAAAGGCGCAGCUUGCGGAAGCGAACUUGGGUACUGGCUGCGGUUCGACUUUUAUGGAUACAAUAGGUGAUCAAAUCGUGCCUUCGCCAAGCUUUUGGGUAAUGCAGUCACCAGAACUAGAAUUUCGGCAUGAGCUGAUGGGGCGCAUAAAUAAAUUGGAAAGUGAUGUCGAGCUGGACGUGGUGCCGAUUAAUCACCAUCAUCCAUCAUCCAGCUCUCCCCUGCCACAGUCUGCCCUGGCCGGAUACGGUGGCCAAGGUUACGAUCAUUACAGCAAGGAGUUCUUUUUCGGAAACAAACAUCGAGAUGCAAUGUGUGGAGAUGCCGACGACUCGUUCCUGCGACCGCCCCUGUGGGAAGAUAUUACCAGUUCGAUACAGAACAUUGACCCGGAGAAUGCAGUCAUGCUUGGAACCCUAAACGGUAUUCCGCAGGUCAAAACUGAGGCUGUAGAUGACACCUUCCUAGAACCGUUAUCCUCGCCACUCCUGAGUCCGCUGGAGAUCAAAACCGAAAAGAAUCAUGCAAUGCAUAAUAAUAACAACAACAGCAUACACCAAAACCACAUUAUUAGCGAUAGUAGUUGUAAUAAUAACAAUAGUAGUACAAGCAACCUAUUCCUAGCCAAUAGCGAAUCUACCUACCUGCACCACUCGCAUUCCCAUUCGGUCUCUUUGGCCGCUAGUCAUCAUACCCACGGUCAGCAACACAAUCUCAAUGGUUACAUGGGCUGUACCAAUGGCAGUGGGAAUCUGCAAGGAUCCUCUAACGCCCACCAAGCCCAAGGCGUUCAUCAGCACCACCAACAACAUAACCAGGGCCACCACUUGCAGGUGAACCAAAACAACAACUACUACCAUCAUUGGCCACCCCAUCAACCUGGCGGCCAUGGGUCUGCCCCAAUGUACCACCCAAAGUACCAAGCCUCUGCAGUUUGCACGCCACUUUCAAGGCUAAUGUAUGUUCCACCGCUAACCCCACCUAAUUCCGAUCCUGGAAGCCCUGGAACCACACUACAGAACCCUCCACGGCGGACACCUCCACCGCCAUAUCACCCGCAGCAGCUAGCUUCCCUGACGGCGCAUUUAGCUUCCGGCAAUCAUCAACCAUCGCAUCUACAUCACCAUCCCCACCAAACGGUAUCCUCGGCAUCGUCCACCGUUCCUGUCGGAUCUCAGCAAUCGCAUUCGCAGCUACACACUAAUCUGCCGCAUCAACAAACAGCACAACAACCACCACCACAACCCCCAUCAGUGAACCAAAUUUCAACCAACCAACCAAUAGCAAUAUCGUCGAUAGCAAUUAACGGUAGCAGUUCGAACAGUGGUAGCAGUAGUAAUAGCAACAACAAUAGUAACAGCAGCAGUAGCAACAGUGCGGGAAGUGUCACGGGUCGCAAGUGGUCCUCCCAGCACAGCAUCAACAGUGUGCUCAGCAGUGUCGGCGUGGUGAAACACAUCGUUGGCCGGUAUAACCGGCGGAACAAUCCGGAGCUGGAGAAGCGGCGGAUACAUCACUGUGAUUUUAUCGGUUGCACAAAAGUCUACACCAAAAGCUCGCACCUGAAGGCCCAUCAACGAAUUCAUACCGGCGAAAAACCGUACACCUGCCAGUGGCCCGAGUGCGAGUGGCGUUUCGCGCGGUCCGACGAGCUGACGAGGCACUACCGCAAACACACGGGAGCCAAACCGUUCAAGUGCAUCGUCUGUGAGCGUAGUUUCGCCCGCAGCGACCAUCUGGCGCUGCACAUGAAACGACAUUUACCAAAAAAUAAGUGAACUCUCGACAAUCCAACCGUACCGCUUAGUCCAUAGCACAGUCCUACUGGGUUUUGUACUCGAAUGUUGUUUUCAUACCUGGACGAUGUAGCUGGCGCAAAAGAUCGAAAUGUGUUCUUCAGUUUAAGUUGUACACAAUAUAUGUUUUGGUUCCCACAAACGAAAGUAAAAUCGAUGAAACCAAAUGCAGCAGAUUACUGGAAAUCUCUCCAGACAAAAUAUUGAUUCAACUCAUCAAUGGCUUCCAUUGUGGAGCCACUCUCGUAAAUAGAUCCGUUCAACCAGUCACUUUGGAAGUGUUCCAUUAUCCAAUCCCGUUUGUUGAGGGGAGACUUGAUUCUACGUUUAUAUAUGAAAAUGUUUACGUUCAUAAAACGAUAAUUCCAACUAGUGAAAAAAACCAGAGAUCCAUUUUCGAUAACUGAAGAACUUACAUUUUAUAGAUAUCCUCAUUUAUGACGUCUUCUGGUCCAAACAACUCGAUCUCUGUUAAAAAAAAUCGGCUUGUAACCAACCAAUAAAAAGUCGUUCUCUAUAUAAAAUAAGAAAAGAAAUGUCACCAAGAGCUCACCUAAACUGUUUCUCUGAACCAUCCAGUGUAAAUUAUUAUUUAUUUGAAAAAACACAUGCAAAAAGAAAAGGCUAAAUGUUACCACGAAGCAUAAGUAAGAAGCAGCCUACUUGGCCUUAAACUAAAAAAAACAAUUAAACUCAUUCGAAUGUAAAUGUUUCCAUAAACCUAUUUCCCUAAUCAAUGAGGAAAACGAACCUAAUCAUCUGAAUGUCGUGUUCUUUAGUUGCCAUUACCGUUCUAAGAGUUGUAAGAUGAAAAAUCAAACCUUGCACAAAUCUUAUAAUCUAGGUGUAUUCAAUUAGUUUUUGCGAAUACUUGCAAAAUCUAUGUAACUUUGUACCGUACAGUUUCCUUUCAAAAAAUCUUCCGUACUAUAGGAUUUAAACGAGUUUAAUUUUGUUGCUGAUUUGUUCAAACUUUUAUUUUUAUUUCUAUUUGUAACCUAAAGCACUUAUGUUAAAUAUUUGAAGCAAUCUAUCGCCGAGUUGCACGAGAACUCGUGCCACUCAUCGCACCGUACUUAUAAUUUAUUUAGCGUGAUUUAGUAGAAUAGUACCUAUAUAGCUUUAGUUUGAUCAGUGAACUUCUAAACUGUCAGAAAAUAUAAAAAAAAGAAACAAACCGAUUAUAUACAAAACUUAUAAGAAGCAAACAUUCCACAAAUCUUUCACCCGUUCAUAGGAAUAAUGUCAUUUUUUCAAGACUCUAAAUGUGUAAGUAUUUUGAGCAAACUGAAUUUACUGUGUAAGAAAUAGCCUGUCAAUGCGACACGUGUUUUGAAAUAUAUG